UGUUCCAAAAGAAGCCGAGCGUGACGACCACUUCUCCUCCCCAAUCUCUGAUCUCCCCGCCUCUUCCCAAUCUAAUUCCAGUUUCCGACGCGCAAACGUAAACUCCAAGAACACAAAACGACACAAAUUCACCAGCUCCGAAGAAAUCAUGGGAGGCCAUGACGCUGUGGAGGUCGCCAAGACGGUUCUCGAGGUCGCCGACGUCGCAUGGACAGCGAUGGAGUGCUGUCACCACCUCCACCACCACGAGAACCAUGAAGAAGGUGUCCAGGAAACGCACUGCGCCUCCGAAGAGCAAGAAUUGGAGUCGCUCCGAUCCGAAAAUCGGCGUCUCCGGAACUUGCUCGAGCAGAACCUGAGGCUCCUGCAAAAUUUAUCCGAAUCCCCCUGUUUGUUAAACGAUUGCCCUCCCGAUUUGUAUGCACGUCUGGUGUCUACUGUGGAUUCCAAACACUUCUUGUCUCGGCUUGAAUCCCUCCAGAAGGCGCGAGGGACUGGAACCAGGAUUGAAUUCCCUUUCAAGGAGGCUACAGGAGAUGAUAUGCACACAGCUGAAAUUCUGGUUAAUGUUGACCAGAUAGAACCCAGUUGGUGGGUGUGGGUUACAGAUGAAAUGGUCCCAAGUAAUGUCGAAGAAUGGAGUGGAAUCGAUGAUGAAACUUAUGUGGUUGUUAGUGAGGAGCAUGUGGUGGAAGGGGUUGCCCACUUCAUGGCUAAAUGCAUUAUCUCAAGCCCUAAAGCUAAGACUAUGAAACCUGAGGAGCUGCAGAAAAUUUUGGCAAAAGCUUUGGGUGGUGUGAGUAAAUUGGAGAAGAUAGUAGGUGUUUGGCAUGCUGGGAAGAUGUUUUAUGCUCUGUCCACUUGGGGACUUGCAAUUCUAGGGAGUCGUGCUGCAGUGAAAAUUGCUGCAAAGGGCAUCCAUGCAACUAGCAAAGUUGUUCUAAAAGCUCUAUGAAGAUGGAUAUUCCCUGCAAUUAAAGGGAAAUUGUAAGUACUAUAUCAAUGCUUGGGAUGUUAUGGUGAAUUGUGUUUGUGGUCAAAACAUAACCUCGUGCCUUUACUUGUCUGUCAAAUUUCAGCUAAUGUAAAUAUUGUAAAUAACACUCUUUGUAUUUACUGCUCCAUUGAAUUGGAUAUUCUGUGUCCUUGCCGACUGCUCAA